AUCUCGUAACAAGUAUUAGAAGCAUAAUGUCUGAACCCGUACCAGGAGUCUAUACAUUUAACAUGCUGAAUCUGAAUUUCUGUCAAAAGUUAAUACACGAGGUGAAACAUUUCGAAGCGUGGGCUCGCAACACGGACUCUAGCAUCUUGCGCCCGAACACAGGGAAUGGAUACGGUGUUUCUCUUGAUGACAUUGGCAUGAAAGCCACACUUGAUAAGCUAAUGGAAGAUUACAUAAGCCUUAUUUCAAGAGUUUUGUUUCCUGAUGUUGGAGGAGGUUCUCUUGAUUCCCGUCAUGGGUAUGUACUUCAAUAUGGAAGGGAUAAAGUUAUUAAAGAGGUUUCAGAUUUGCAUGUGGAUGACUCAGAAGUAACCUUACAUGUAUGUUUGGGCAAUCAGUUUGCUGGUGGGGAGUUGGUUUUCGGAGGUCAACGGUGUAAGGACCAUGUGAACGGUGGAACACAUAUUGAGAAGGAAUUCGACUAUCUCUUACCUGUCGGUGGACAAGCAAUUAUUCACCGUGGUUGUCGACUAUAUGGUGCGAAACCCAUCAAAUUCGGACAUAGAUAUAACUUUUUGAUGUGGUUCAAAAGUUCUGUAUUUAGAGAGCUGCAAUCACAUGAUAAAGGAUUUAAAGACUUUUGUGAUGAAUGUCAAAGCCAGAAGAUUGCAAGGCUUAAUGAGUGGGUGGCUGCGAAGAAAAAGGGGUUGGGCUUGUAG